AUGAAUUCCAAGAACAAUAAAUUGAAUUUUAUGCAUUUAGGCAAGAGUUUAGAGUUUUCACUAUACCCAUCUUUGGUCCGCGUGCUUAGUGAGGCCCACAAGGCGAAUGCUAUAAGUUAUAAUCAUAAGUUUCAAAAAAUUUUCAUUGGUAGACUAGCCGAAGAUCUAUGGUAUAAUAAUCCGUUGUAUCCAGAACGCGUUAGGACACCGGUUUGUAGUAUGCCAUUUGCUUUGGUUGAUAAUGACUUGUCACGAACUUGGGGUAUAUCACGAGAUCAAGCGGCUACUAUUAUACAGUCAGCGUAUCGUGCACACAUAGUCCGGAUACAGCCUGACGUGGCGGAAAUGAGGGCUUUCUGGCGAGCUUUGACGACCAAAGGCCACAAGUAG